AUGAGCAAUUUAUCAACAAAGUCGACUGGAACUUCCAGUUCUCGUGCGAGAGGAAGAGUUUUCGGUGUGCCAAAGAGAUGUUGGUGCGGGGAAGCUGUUGUGGCAUUGAUCUUGAUCUCGAAAUCUGAUCCGAAUCCUUACCGGAGAUACUACCGUUGUAGUUUUGUUGCAACAAAUAAGCUUCGGAACGAUGAACACACGUUCAAGUGGGUCGAUGAAGCUUUGCUGAAUGAGGUAGAUGCAUUGAUCUCGAGGAAUGCUGGACUUGAGCAACAGCUGAAAGAGCUUAGGACAGAGAGGUUGGAGUUUGAUACUAUGGUUUAUGAGAAGAUGGAGAAAGAGGUCUUGGAGAAGGUUGAAGAUGGUUUAGGUGAAGCCAAAUCAUGGAAUAAAAAGAUGAUGAGUGUUAUAUUGUUAGUCUGUAUGGUCAUGAUUGGACUAAGCAAAGUAGUUGGUUGA